GGGGCGCCUCGGUGUCCGUGGAUCCCCGGAGCGGGACUUCACAGUUCGCCGUGUUUUUUGCGCACCUUUUCUGACUGGUUGUGACGCUUCCCUGCUUCACUUCCUUCGACUUCGUGCCUCUCUCCACGUCGUUACUUUUCUCCCCUCUUCCCCCUCCACUCCUGUGCCUUUCGUGUCUGCUCCACCGCAGCCCGAUUCUCUCUCUCCCCCCCAGCAACCAUGUCCAUUGAGUCCAAGUUCAAUGCCGAGGACCUGGCCGACUACCGCGCCAUGUUCGCCAAGUUCGACGCCGACGGCAACGGUUCCAUCGACCACAAGGAGCUCCGUGAUGUCCUCAUCGCUUGCGGCGAGAAGGACGUCCCGGGCUACCGCGUCCGCGAGAUGAUCGAGCAGGCCGACCUCAACCGCGAUGGCGUCAUCGACUGGCUCGAGUUCCUGACCAUGCUUGACCAGCUGCGCCAGGGCCGUGAGACCGGCUUCAGCACCGUUGUCAGCCGUGUCGGCAACCUGAACGUCCAUGAGGGUACCUCGUCCGCCUCGGCCGACGGUACCACUCACUCCUACUCCGAUGAGGAGAAGGUCGCUUUCGUGGACUGGAUCAACUAUGUUCUUGGCGAGAAUGCCGAGUGCAACAAGUACAUGCCCGUCCGCGAUGCCGGCCUGGACCUCUUCAACAAGUGCACCGACGGUAUCAUCCUGAUGAAGCUCAUCAACGACGCCGUCCCCGAGACCAUUGACGAGCGCGCCAUCAACAAGAAGGCCACUCACCCGGUGCAGAUUGCCGAGAACCUGACUCUCAUGCUCAACUCCGCCCGGGCCAUUGGUUGCAAUGUCGUCAACAUCGGCCCGUCCGACAUCAAGGCUGCCACUCCUCACCUGCUCCUGGGUCUGAUCUGGCAGAUCAUUCGUAUCGGCCUCUUUGCCCGCAUCAACCUGACCAAUGUCCCGGGUCUGGCUCGCCUGCUUGAGGGCGAUGAGACCCUCGAGGACCUGAUGGCCCUGCCGGCCGAGCAGCUGCUCCUGCGCUGGUUCAACUACCACCUGGCUGCCGCCAACCACCCCCGCCGUGUGGGCAACUUCGGUCAUGACAUCAAGGACUCCGAGAACUACACCAUCCUCCUGAACCAGAUUGCCCCCCCGGGCUCCGGUGUGGACAAGUCGGCCCUCGGCCUGUCUGGUGACCCGACUCGUGCCGAGCGCAUGCUCGAGCAGGCCGACAAGAUCGGCUGCCGCAAGUUCGUCCGCGCCAACGACGUGGCCAAGGGCAACCAGAAGCUCAACCUGGCCUUCGUCGCCAACCUCUUCAACAUGUUCCCCGCCCUGGAGGCCGUCGAGAUCGAGGUCAUCGAGGAGACCCGCGAGGAGAAGACCUACCGCAACUGGAUGAACUCCCUCGGUGUCGAGCCCUUCGUCAACAACCUGUACCAGGACCUGCGCGACGGCCUUGUCCUCAUCCAGCUGUUCGACAAGAUCCGCCCCGGCAUUGUUCACUGGGACAAGGUCAACCAGCCCCCCUUCUCCAAGAUCGGUGGCAACAUGAAGAAGCUCGAGAACUGCAACUACGCCGUGGACCUGGCCAAGCAGACCAACAUGUCCGUUGUCGGCAUCGGUGGCAAGGACAUCUUCGACGGCAACAAGACCCUCUCUCUGGCCGUUGUCUGGCAGAUGAUGCGCGCCCACACUCUGACCAUCCUCAACCAGCUGGCCGGUGGUCAGGGCCUCAUCCAGGACAAGGAGAUCAUCCAGUGGGUCAACCAGACCCUGGCUGCCGCUGGCAAGACCACCAAGCUGGACUCCUUCCGCGACUCGUCCAUCAGCUCUUCGCUGGUGGUCAUCGACCUGGUCGACGCCAUCAAGCCCCAGUCCAUCCAGUACAACCUGGUCAUCUCCAACCCGGUUUCUCUGGCCGACAAGAUGAAGAACGCCAAGUACGCCGUCUCCAUGGCCCGCAAGAUUGGUGCCACCGUCUUCGCCCUCCCCGAGGACCUGGUCGAGGUCAAGCAGAAGAUGGUCAUGACCGUCUUCGCUACCAUCAUGGUGGUCGGCUACACCCCCAGCAACUAAGCGCCUCGUGUGCUGCUGUCACCGCUGCCCUCUUCUUUCCCUUCCUCCUCUCCCCUUUCCCCUCGGCUUCUCCCUCGCUUUGCUUCCCAAUGCGUGAGCCCAUCUUCCUUGCUCCCUCUCCUCCCCUCCCCCCACCUCCCUCCCCCUUCGCCGGGGCUGUAUCCUCCCUCCCAUGCAUAUCAUCAUCUGCGUGACUUGUGAGUGUCCUUCCUGUGUGUCAUCGUGCCUUCGUCUCGUGUGCGCGCGCAGGUCCCCCCCCCUCUCAAUGUCCAUGUUCAGUCUGCGUGUGUAUGCGUGUGCGAGAAAAAGGUGUAUGGGGAGGUGUGCGAGGUGGAGAAAAAGCCCUUUUUCUCCAUGGCCUUUGAGCAUUUAAUUUGGCAUAUGCCGCUCAAGGAGGCGCACGCGCGAGAGGCGGCCCAUCCGAAUGAGUAAUGCUGAGGUCCGGAAAGAUGAGGCCCAUGGUGUCCCUCCUCCCCUCCUCUCCCCUUCUCCCUGUUUCUCCUUUGUGUGCGGCUCUGCGCGCCGGGGGGGCAACCAGUGAGAGGGGAGCCAUGUGGGAGGCUGUGUGUCCGGAGAGGGAAAGAUCCCCCUGUGGACGUCGUAUCCCCCUCCUCCUUGCUCUUUCUUCCUCUGUCAUCGCGCGUCCUUCCAUGCGCGCGAGCCGCGCCUCCACCCUCGGAGGGUGGCGUGUUUUGUUGCUGUGCGACGGCAUGCCUCCUUCUUCCCUCCCCCCCUCUCUCUCUCUCUCUCCCCUUCCCCCCUCCCCAUUUUGUGGCGACAGAGCUGGCAGGAGCGGAGGAUGACCUCCCUCCUCUCUCCCUCUCCAAAACCAGCCUUCCGGAUCGCAUGCCUGUCUGUGCCCUAGAAGUUUAGUGCUCAGUCACAUGCAUUGCCCCGUCUCUUCCUCUUCUCAAUAUACCCAAAUCCCUCU